AUGAAGAUUCGAGAUAACAUACCAAGAGACCAACUGAAGGUCAGACAGGCCCUGCCCGUGACAGGAGACCUGGGAGAGGAUAUUGAAAAGCUGGCCGACUUUAACGGUGAGGUGCGUUGUGAACCACCCAACAACCGCCUCGACCGCUUUACUGGAACACUAACCUUCGCUGGUCAGAAAUACCCGCUGGACAACGAGAAGAUCCUGCUGCGAGGCUGCACCCUGAGGAAUACCGACUGGUGCUUUGGACUUGUGCUAUUUGGAGGUCCUGAGACAAAGUUGAUGCAGAACUGUGGGAAGAGCACGUUCAAGAGGACCAGCAUAGACCGCCUGAUGAACAUCCUCGUCCUUUGUAUUUUUGGUUUCCUGGCCUUCAUGUGCACGAUCCUGGCGAUAGGAAACUUAUUCUGGGAGGUGAACGAGGGCUCACAGUUCACAGUCUUUCUCCCCAGACAAAAUGACAACAAGGCUGCCUUCUCUGCCUUCCUCACGUUCUGGUCCUACGUCAUCAUCCUCAACACUGUGGUGCCCAUCUCUCUCUAUGUUAGCGUAGAGAUCAUUCGAUUAGGGAACAGCUUCUACAUUGACUGGGACAGGAAGAUGUACUAUGGACGUAAAGACACCCCCGCUGAGGCUCGCACCACCACGUUGAAUGAAGAGCUCGGUCAAAUCAAGUACAUCUUCAGCGACAAAACGGGAACGCUCACCCAGAAUAUCAUGGUGUUCAACAAGUGCUCCAUCAACGGCAAAACUUACGGGGAUGUGUAUGACUACACUGGUCAAAGACUAGAAGUUACAGAGGAUACAGAGAGGGUGGACUUCUCCUUCAACCGGUUGGCUGACCCUCGCUUCAUGUUCCAUGACCACGCCCUGGUGGAGGCAGUGAAGCUUGAGAACCCUGAGGUCCACGCUUUCUUCAGACUGCUGGCCCUGUGUCACACCGUGAUGGCUGAGGAGAAGAGAGAAGGUGAGAUUUACUACCAGGCCCAGUCUCCGGAUGAGGGAGCUUUGGUCACUGCAGCCAGAAACUUUGGCUUCGUCUUCCGCUCACGAACACCAGACAGUGUUUCCAUAGUGGAAAUGGGACAGCAGUGCAGCUAUGAACUCCUCGCUAUCCUGGAUUUCAACAACGUCCGCAAGAGGAUGUCUGUCAUAGUUCGGAGUCCAGAGGGGAAGCUGUCUCUCUACUGUAAAGGUGCAGACACGAUCAUCUAUGAGCGGCUGGAUCAGUCCUGCAGCAAGCUGAUGGAGGUCACCACAGAGCAUCUUAAUGAGUUUGCGGGGGAUGGCCUGAGGACUCUGGCGCUGGCCUACAAAGACCUGGAUGAGGAGUAUUUCAACCAGUGGAAACAGCGCCACCAUGAGGUCAGCACAGCUCUGGAUGGCCGGGAGGAAAAACUAGACGAGCUGUAUGAGGAAAUCGAGAAGGAUCUGCUGCUGCUCGGAGCGACAGCCAUAGAAGACAAGUUACAAGACGGAGUUCCUCAGACUAUUGAGCAGCUAUCCAAAGCUGACAUCAAAAUCUGGGUUUUGACAGGUGACAAACAAGAAACUGCAGAAAACAUCGGGUACUCGUGCAACUUACUGCGUGAAGAGAUGAAUGAGGUCUUCACUGUCUCGGGUAACUCACCGGAAGACGUUAAAGAGGAACUAAGAAAUGCACAAACCACCAUGAAAUCAGUUGUGGAAGAGGAUUCAGUGUUUCUGCCACAAGGGACUCUGGUUAAUGGUCCUAAAGUGAUCGCAGAUGAGUUGGUGAACGGAGAGUACGGCCUGGUUAUCAACGGACACAGUCUGGCGUAUGCCCUGGAGCACAGCCUGGAGCAGGAGUUUCUUAAGACGGCGUGCAUGUGUAAGGCAGUGAUCUGCUGCAGAGUCACUCCUCUGCAGAAAGCUCAGGUGGUGGAGCUCGUCAAGAAGUACAAGAAGGCGGUCACACUGGCAAUAGGAGACGGAGCCAACGAUGUCAGCAUGAUCAAAGCAGCUCAUAUAGGUGUGGGGAUCUCAGGUCAGGAGGGCAUGCAGGCAGUGCUGUCCAGCGACUACUCGUUUGCUCAGUUCCGAUUCCUGCAGCGCCUACUGCUGGUGCAUGGCCGCUGGUCCUACCUGCGCAUGUGCAAAUUCUUGCGCUACUUCUUCUACAAAAACUUCACCUUCACCUUUGUUCACUUCUGGUACGCCUUCUUCUGCGGCUUCUCUGCACAGACCGUGUAUGAUGAGUGGUUCAUAACACUCUACAAUCUGAUGUACACAGCGCUACCUGUUCUGGGAAUGAGUCUGUUUGAUCAGGAUGUGAACGACAUGUGGAGUUUCCAGCAUCCUCAGCUCUAUGUUCCUGGUCAACUCAACCUGUACUUCAGCAAGAAGACCUUCUUCAAGUGUGUCCUCCACAGCUGCUACAGCUCCCUGGUGCUGUUCUUCAUCCCCUACGCAGCCAUGCAUGACACGAUGAGGGGUGAUGGGAAGGACAGCGCUGACUAUCAGUCCUUCGCUCUCCUAACACAAACAUGUCUGCUGUUUGCUGUCACCAUCCAGUUGGGGUUGGAGAUGUCUUACUGGACAGCUGUGAACACUUUCUUUGUGUUGGGCAGUCUGGGCAUGUACUUUGCAGUCACGUUCACCAUGUACAGUAACGGCAUGUUUCUCAUGGUGCCGCCAGCCUUCCCCUUUAUAGGAACCGCCCAAAACUCUCUGAGCCAGCCAAAUGUUUGGCUGACGAUCCUCCUCACCUCCAUUCUGUGUGUUCUUCCUGUGGUUACCUACCGUUUCCUGUUCAUUCAGCUCUGCCCCACUAUCAAUGAAAAGGUGAUGUUCAAGGUGAGACAGGCCAAAGCCACGCCUCCCCCUCCACCUCGACGUACCCGCAUCCGCCGCACCAGCUCACGGCGCUCUGGCUACGCCUUCUCGCACGCACAGGGCUACGGGGACCUGGUUACAUCAGGGCGAUUCCUGAGGCGGCCUGCGGUGUCGCGAUCUUCAGGUUUCACCAACAUUGGUCGCACAACCACUGGCUUCAGUCCCAUGGGACGAUCGGCGGGGUACAGCCCGACUGGACGGCCACAGAACACCAAGGCGCCAGAUGUGGAGGUGACGUCGCUGCAGAUGUACAGGACAUUCAGAGAUCCAGCUCUCUGAUAGUAACAUUCUGGUUGGAGAUGAUCUAGGAGAAGGAUUACGACAAGAAAGUGAACUUUUUCUUAACAUUUCCAUUUGUUCCUUAAAAAAACUCAACCUGCCUCUCUGGAGAAGCCAUGUCAAACAUUUUGGAUGGUCUGUCUCGCAUCUGCAAAGUCUCCAAAGACAAGGUUUGAAAAAGACAGGACAUUUUUUUGCUCCAGGCAUUUUAUUUUUAGAUAUUUUAACAAAGGGAACUACACAGGAAGUGUUCAUGUGGGCGUGCAUGCAGAGCCAACACAUGAGAGGUUUCUUACGCUAAAAAAACUGUAACAGGGUGUUUCUUUUUUUUUCUUUUUUUUUAAAGGAGCUACCACAGUGAGACAAAGUGUCAUCAUGUUUACAAACUACCAGGACUUCAUUACAGUCCAGAUUCACAGAAGGACUUUGUACAAAGGAAAUAAUCAGCAAAGCCAUUUUAUAUGGGAAUAUAUUUAUAUUAUACUUUGAGUGUCUUUUUAAAGCGUUAUGUUCACCUAUCCUAAAAUCUGUACAGCCAGUAAGCACUUUGGGAGAAAACUGAAUGUUUGUAAGAUUAUGAAUGUGUAAAACUUAACCCUACAAAAAAACCUCUCCUCAGGAGGAGUAGAUAUUGAUUUUUGAAGCAGGAUUAAGCAUUUUUAACAGUUGGACAUCUUCAUUUGUUUUUGUUUUUUUACUAUCUGAGUUUAAAAAGUAUUUCAUGCAACUUUAAUUGAAAUUAGUAUAUAUGAGGGAACAUGUGCUGUUUUCAAUUUACAUUCUAUAGAGGAAUAUUAGUACCAUGAUGCAAUGAUUUUUUCUCUUUUUCUUUUUUUCCUUUUUUAUACACGGGUUUAUGGUCGAUUUCAUAUUGGCUUAAAAAAUAUAAAAUGUAUUUUUUUACAGAUAAGGGGAAAAAAACAUUUGCAAGAUCUCCAUGCUAUAAGCACAAAAGACAACUUGGAACUAAGACUGUAAGGUUUUCUUUACAGACCCAGAUUUGGAUUUUUGCCUGAUGAUAUCUAAAUUUCCUUAAGAGUGACUUCCUUUUUUUUGCACCUCAGUGUUUCAUAAAUGCACCUUGAGUUACAUCUUCAAGCCAAAGUACUGUAAGCAUCCCCAUGGUUGCAAUUGAAGGGGCGGGGGCAGUCCGAGCAACGACCUCGGACGAGGACCCUAUUGUAUCUGUAGGAGUUAUUCUUAUUUUCCUUUGCACAAAUGAAUCGCUAAUUUGGGGAUUUUAACGUGCAUGAAAACUCACAAUUUUUGUCACUCACAAGUGCGAGGAAAAGUGGCUCAGUGGCGCCCCCUUGAAAUGUUCUAAAAUUCAGCCACUCGCUACGAUUUAACUUACAUGCACAUUCAUUAUUUUGCAUGUUAACAAUGCCAAUACCUACAAAAAAGCCUCCUAACUUCAUGGUGAAAUGUCUUCAGGAAGCGUAAUUUUCACCAUUUACAGAGUAUCUGUAUUGGAACGCACUUGCCUGAGGGGAUGUGACUAUGCUAGGCUGUAGGCAAACCUUUUGUUUAUCCACUUUUUCAGUUGCUGUAGGGAAAUCAACCAGAUCUACCUGUAUUGUGGGGAGGUUGAUCAUACUGAAAACACACUACAAAUUUGACAGUGUGAUCUUUUAGCUCAUUAAGAGGCAUAUUUAGGUUCAUUAACAGGUUGAAUAACUAUAAUAAUGUAUAGUGACACAUCUUCAUUUGUGUUAUUGCUUCAGCAAAAGUUUGCUUUUAAAUAUCUGAAAUCAGACUGAAUGACUGAUCCUUGGCUGUUACUGUAUGUGUCUUAUUUCCAACAUCUCCUUCCUCCAGUGUUGUAUCUGCUCACUGACAGUAAGAUAUAAUGUAAAAGACAAAACAAGAGCUGCUUUAGUAUUUGAAAGGAAAUGACAUUUCAUAAUUAUGCAAAUCAGAGUCAAUGACGACAAGAAUUCCUGAAGGAAGAAUAGGGUGUUUAAAAAAGAUUUUAUGCAACCAUGUCAAUGAUUUUAAGUAAAAACAAGAAACAGGGUAUUUUGUGAAGUCAUAUUUGUCAGUGGACAGCUGAAGAGGUGCUCCUGUGGGUCUUUGGGGUCCCUUCAAUUUAUUAUGAAGUAUGUGAAUGUUUGAAAAAAUUUGUUUUUUAAAGUGUAGAAUUGGAACGUUUCUUAUUUGGUUAUUGCCUCGAUUAGUUUUCUUCUAAAGGCUUCAUGAUUUACCAGUGACAAUGUUUCUAUGCAAUGCUGGAUUUGCUGUUUCCACUCAACAGUUUUUCCACUACAGUUGAAUUUAAAACCAUCAAGACGGCUAAUAGAUAAUGCGUCGAAGCAUCUGUUUUGUUUGGAUCUGAACAAACACAUGUUUCCAAGAGUUGAAUGUAUUUCUCAUCUUACAGCGGGGAACCAGCAAUUAUUUGAAGCCCUUUUGUGUUUUCUCUUAAGUACAAUUUUUGCUCAGAAAACAAAAACUCGUGCUGGAUGACAGUGUGGUGACACUGGUUUUACUAAGUGCAUUAUUAUCAACAAAGUCGGAAAUGUGAAGUAUUCUUUAAGAAGAUAUCUUAGGUUUGAAAAUGAAAAGAAACAUUUACUGUGUGUCGUUAAAACUAUUGUACUCGUUCUUUUAACCCACACAGUGGACAUUUUCCUCUGAUGUCACAGUCAGGCAGAGAAGCGAAGAUGGUGUUAUAAUGAUUUACUGCUGUGUUCAGGGUUGCACUUCCUAUGUAUAAACAUAGGAAACCUGGAAACUUUUUAUAAUAUCACAUGCUUCUUGAUUGAUCAGUGGUAGAAACGAUAAUGGAUAGUGGGAAUUUGGAGGGACAAUAUAUAUAUAUAACCAUUUAACAUAUUUGAUUACCCAUUAGCUGAAAUUAGACACCAGCUAACAUUAGCAUUCAACGUAUGGAAGCCCCUUUGGAUAUGCAUGCCUACAUUUCAUUUUAAAACUUUUUCCCAUGAUAAGAAGUACAUUUGGGUUGUUUUCUAAAGAUCUUGCCUCAUUACUUUUUUUUAAGUCAGGAUAACAACUCGGGUAUCCUGUGCAAACAAGUUAAUAUUCAUCAUUUUCUCGAAAUCAAAGAAAAGGACGUAAAUAGGUCGAGAUCAUGAAAAAACAAUCAGAAAUCAAUCAUUAUCGGAAAAUGGAAAAAUAUGGAUGGCUGUAUGUCCGCUCAGGGCUUCUGUAUUAGAACAGUUCUUUGCCAACUUCACCGUUAAUAGAUGUUAUUUGACCAUGUCAUAUUUAAAUCAUUAUCCUUUUUGAUAACAGCAUUUGGCCCUCACCCUGAGUAACAUGUCAAAGGAAAAUGCCCACUGUGAGAAUAUUCUAAAUUGAAUCUUCAUCCAAGUGUUUUGUUUUGAUUGUUGUUAAUGUUCAAAUCAAGCUCUGUUUAAUGUUUUCUAUCCCAGUUUUAGCAUUCUCAUGACUGAUUUACAAAAGCAAUUUGUCAGCAACAAAUACACACACGAAACACAGAAGGUGAUUUUCAGAUAUAUAGAAUGGAGCCUUUAAAUCACAUUAAUCUCAGCUUUGCCUUCACCAUAAGUGGAAAACAUAUUAAUCACCGGAGGACAAGGAAAGUUUAUUAAUAUGGCAAAUUUCAUCACCAUGGUAACUCAAAGUGCUUCACACAAGACAUUAAAAGCAUAACGACAAAGGGAAACAGAAACAUUCAAAUAGAACAUUUUAAAAAUCACUAAAACAGUCAGUUAAUAAAAGGGGGCCACCACACAGUCCACUUAUGUGUUGUAAAUAUUUCCCCACUUGUUCUGUGGUACUUUCUCAAGUGAAUUGUAGCCACAGUUGUGUUUAUAAUGGAUAGGUUACUCUUUUAUCUACAGCCCUGAAGACUGAAACUGUUGUAUGUACAAUGUAUGAUGCAUUGUUGAUGUUUGACACUGCUCCUCCUGAUAACAGUUUUUACUAUAUUUUCUACUUUUUACUGCAAUAAAAAGAUCUUACAGAUCAACAUGUUUUA